AUGUGGAAGCCAAGCGAGGUGCUUGAGUCGCACAGGCGUCGGGCGGUGGUGGUUUGGACGGUGUCGGUGGUCGCUAUCAUCGCAUAUUCCGGCUGGCUUUUCUACAAAGCAGCGGAAAAGGCGAAGUCACCCGACACGUCGUUCGUAUUGACGAAUGAGGUAUACAAGAACCCCGACCUCUGGAUUUGCCUGUAUAAUAACUACGGCUGCGACGAGUGGGAACUCGAGGAGGAGUGCGUGGAUUCUGCGUGGAUGACCGAAGGGGGCGAACCGGACGCGGUUUUCUACCCGAGAGUCAAAUUGGACCAGCUACAAGAAACAACGACCGAGGAACUACAAAUCGAAGCUAUCCCCGAAAACACCGAUUAUGACAGCGAGGGAAACUACGUGGAGGACGGGAGAGGCCAGUGCGUGAUUUUCAGGACGUCGGCUGCGACUGCCUUCGUUGGACAAGAACGGGACCCCCACGAGUACCUGGACUACAUCCAUUUGGAUGGCGUUGGUCUCACCAACCAGAACAAGUUAAUGGAGGAUGACCAAUCGUCGUACAAGGCGCUGUUUACGAAUUUUGGGCAUCACAAGAAUGUGGUGAACCCAAACAUCACAAUGCCAUAUGCGUAUCUGUCUCUGGAGAUGAAGCAGCAGGCUGACUCUUGGGAGAUCAUCACAGAGUCCAACCCGUACGAGUUCGCCGAGAUGUUUGGAAAUAUUGGCGGGUUUUGGGAUCUUCUUCUCAUACUGUGGCCGCUAUGCUUCGUCGCGACCACUCAACAAGAUCCCCACCUCAAACCUCGGACCUUCAAGAAGUCAGUCGUGAGGGGAGCCGAACGCGCGGCGGGUGUUACCAAAGUGAUCGCGCGUGCGGCGCCCAUCAGACGCUCCAGGACGGUGAACGCUGCGUCUGUAGCAGAUGGCUUCGAAGACCAAGAAGAAGUGCCCGCGUGGGAGCGGAAACCGACACAACGACAACAGGCCGCCCUGUCACCACCAACUGGUAGGAAGCGGGCCACUCUUGACCUCGUCCCCAUGUGAGGGCAAAGUUUUCAAACCUUGGGGCCGAAAGCACCUCACGAAACGUGAAGGGAUACGCGUCAGGACAUCGAAAGCGGGGAAGCCAUGAACGUGGAGGCGAACAGCCCUUGCCGGAUAGGGCAAAAUUCGUUGUCCCUGGCCGGUGGUUUCAAGAGUAGCGGCAAAGGGAGGCAAGCUUGACGGUUGUGCUCGAAGUUGUAAGUUGGGUUGUGUUUCAAUAGCCCUGUGUCAGAAUGGAAAUAGCGCUGAUUUCAGACUCAUGGCGCGUUCUUCACGUAUCAACGAUGCCUUAACAGCUGCUUCUUGGCCGAUUCGUUCUGGUGUACUCCGUACUUUGUGUUUCCACCAUAAACGGUUUGGGCGUCUUUUGCGUUGAUAUUCCUUCUCGUGUGAUUUUCUGUUAGUUUGCGUUGGUACGAUAGAUCCCACAGCCACCUAGAGCGUAUUUUCAUUUCUUGUUGCGUAGCUCCGUGUUGUUGAUGCACGUGGGAUGACCAUACCUUCCUUCCUUCCUGCCUGGCUGACACGAAAUGACUUUGUUCGUCUGAUGCAAUACAAACCACAAACAACACCUACACACUUUUGCCACCUGGGGAUCGCCUUGCGAAGAGAAUGGCGUUUCCGCUGGCUUUGAAAGUCGACUUGUUGGAGCAGGGGGGGCAUGCCACACGGUGGUGUGUAUAUUAUGUGUAUGUAGAUUCAAUCUAUCGAAACGGGGGAGGUGAAUGAUGCUGGGUAGAGGGUACGGUAUCGGGCCCGCAAGUGCAGGGUUUGGAAGGUGGGAUGUCGCAGUGGACCUCAAGUUUGGAAUUUGGAAUUAGGUCCAACGUUGUAAGUAUGUAUCAGAGUAUCCUUCGCACUCGGCCAUGGUGACGAGUGUUCGCGGGUUGCAAACAUAAAUUCGAUAGGAGUUGAGCAGAGUAUACUGAGUAAUUUAAUCUUGUGUAUUCUCAAGCAAUACAUAUUUGUGUGGUGAUGGAAUUCGGGACCUACGAUCGAAACGAAAAGGACAUCGAUUCUACAAGGAUCGCGUGGUGUUGGUUUCAAUGGUCGAACAAAAGGAUACGGCAUUGGGUAUGGGUUCAGAGGCUGGACGACUUGGGACUUGGUCUUGGUCUUGGUGUUAUUCUUGUGUAUAUACCUGCGGGAUGUAUAUUUUGAGUUCCUCGGGAGGAAAGCGAGCCUAAGAAACAAGCGAACGUUCGUUGGUUCGCACAUUCGCCGUCAUGGAGACCGCUGUCAUGAUGUUCGAUUGAUGGCCCUCACAUCGAUUCUGUAUGGUUUACCAGUACGCUUGUGGUUGAGUUUGCUUGGAUUCCUUUGUGUAGUAGUAGUCCUUGAUCUCGUCCUGAUCUGAGGUGAUGUUUCGCGAUACCCAACAAGAGUAUUGUGAGGC